CCUCUCUCUCUCUCUCUUGCUAGUUCGACAAUGGCGUCCGACGCAGUUCAAUCCACCCUCCUGUCCAAGCUCGAAGCCUUGCUUACCUCCUAUUCUUCGGAGAACAUCCAUUCCCUCUUCUCCGAUCACCUCCGUCCGUUCUCGGACCUCGUCGCAGCCACCGCCGCCGCCGCCGCGACGAGACCCAAGAAGUCCUCGAAACCCGCCGCCGGCCACCACCAACAGAGCUCGAUCCGCUCUCUCGCGAAGCAAUACCUCUCGUUCCUCAACCGCUCUCUCUCACUCCUCCCGAAGCUCCUCUCGGCCCCCCGCCCCGACCAGUCGCGCCUCUUCGAGACCUACCGGCUGUGUCUCGACUGCUUGGAUUCGCUCUCCUCUCAAUUGGCGUGCAAGCCCUACUCAGUCCACAUCCAGAGGUCGAGAUAUGUGCACUGUUUCGAGUCUUGCGGGAUGUACGCAGAUGCAGUGAACGAGGGAUUUAGGUUGUUGGAGAGUCUGUGUGGGAUUGAUUUUGGGGGCGGCGGGAGGGCAAAAGCGAAAGGCGGAAUGUUGCCGCUGGUGGCGAAGCAGGCGAGUGAGGAUAGGGAAUUUGCCGUCUUGGUGGUGGAGAUGGUGGUGACGAUUGUGAAGUGUGUGGCAAUGGGGCAAAGUAAGGACGCUGGUGAUUACUCGAAGGUGCUCGGGUUGGUGAAUGAGGUUCAGCCGUGGUUCAGGGUCUUGGAUGCAAAAGCAUAUGACAAAUUGGAGAGAGCGCUUCUGACUUACCUGGGGAAAUGUACUGUCUUUAUGGUUGGUGAGUUAAGCAGUUUUGAUGGGGAGUUUGUGCGUUCUUUCUGUACAGCAACUUUGAUUGAGUAUGGGAAGUCAUCAGUGAAAGAUGAAAUGUUCAAGUUUGCUCGCAGGAUAUGUUCCAUAUUAAUAUCACCAUCAGAUAAAAGAACGUCACUCAUAUUUGAUGUGCUAACUUGUAUAUUAGAAUCCAGUGGCCCUGAUGGAAAGAUUGAGAAAGGUGACACUGGAGCAGAGAUCAUGGCACUUUUUUCUUAUUGUGCCAAUAGAUGCCGAGAUGUGACUGCCAGUUUCUGUUGUAAAUUUUCUGUAUAUAUAAAUGACAUAGCUACUAAAAAGGUUUCAAUGCCAGUUAGUUUGAUUUUGAAGCUUUAUGCUCUUGGUUUGUAUAUACUUGAUAGCAAGGGUAAACCCAAAGAUGGUGGCUCGAGAACUUCUGAAGUUGAGGAAGAUGGCUCUACAAUGUCAACAAUCUUAGACAAUGGGGGCAGACUCAGCUCUUUACCUUCUUUAUUCAGUUCAUUGAGAAGUUAUUUCCACAUCAAGUCCAAGAGAAAUUAUUCAUCAUCCAAUGAUCGAUCCGAGGAUUCUUUAAGCCAUAAAUGUUCAAGGAUGCAUCUUGACUAUGGCACUUCUAUAUCCUUCAAGGAGAGAGGCGACGAGACUAAUUUUAUGUCUUACUUUUGUGCAUUGAAAUUUUUAUGUCAAUUGCUUGCUGAAUUGAUAAAUUCAGAAAGGAAACACAUAAUUGCUGGAAGUGAUGUCGAUUCUGCUUCGCUCCAGUUCUGUGGCAUGCAGGAUGCUUGCAAUCAUUUCUUGGAUGCUUUUGUUUUCUUUAAAAGUAGCAAGUAUGGGAAGGAGAGGGAUAGAUAUGAAGAAUACAGUAAAGCAGUACCAGCAAUAUUGGUGGCUGCUUUCACUCUCUCUUGUGUGACAAAGCUCAACUUGCAGGAGAAUAUGCACUUGAUUGAUUAUGUUAUUGCAAGUGAAUGGGUUCAACCUCAGUGGCUGAAAUUUUUGUUUGCCUCACUUUAUAACCUCAGCAUCAUCCUUUACAGGAAUAAGCAAGUAGAAGAGGCUUCUAAGGCAUUGAAACUGUCAUGUAGUGCUUCAUGGGCAUACAUUAUGCAUAAUUGCCAGUUGCUUGGACAGAAUCCUAGUGAGCUUGAUGGUUUGACUAGAGAUGCCAUUAACGAUAUUAAUGAGGCAUGUACAAGAACUGCUUUCUAUUUGGAUGUUCUCCACCAAUGCGGCGGCGAUAAGGUUAAUAUAGAAUGCAUAGGUGCCCUCAAAAAUUGGUCAAUGGCUAUGGACUUGGUUCGUGGAUUGCCAGGUCCCCUGCCUUUGGUGAAGCAGUGGGUUAAGAUUCAAUGUAAACAACAUAGAAAUGCAGAUGCUGAGGAUAGUGUGCCAAUUUUAUACGAAUUGCUCUCAUCCUGCAUAGAAAUUCCAAAAGCAACUCUUGCCAUAAUAUCAGAGCAGGAACUCCUUGUGUAUGGGGAAAUGAAUUCCUCAAAUCCGGACCUAUGCAGCAGAAUUCAAAUGAAAGUCAUAGACGUGCUUUUGCAAGAAAUUUACUUUGCAAAAGCUAGCUGUUUCCAGAAGGCAAGACUUUUAAUAAAAAAAGGGAGGAUUCUAAAAUGCCGUGGAAGGGAAGGGUUAAAAAGCUGCAUUCAGUGUUUGUCUGAAGCAAUAUCCACAAUAGAUUGUGUCUCUAAAUCAUCGCCAUGCUCUGCUGUCUCGGAACGUUAUUUAUUAGGCUCUGCAUAUGCUCUGCGUGCUCUCUGUACUCUGGAAGCUGAACCGAAAUCAAAGGGAAUACUUGAGGAUAUUAAUGCAGCACUGAACCUCUGGUUAAGUAUCAAGAUAUUGGAUAGUUGCUCUUUGGAAGAAGAUGACAGCCUGUUAGCGGAGAUAUCACUGCCAUUAUUGUAUAAUGUUGUCGAUAUUUUGUCAUUGAAGGGUUGCUUUUCAUUCAGCCAUAAACUAUUUAGGCUGAUGAUUGGAUAUUUUAAUUCAAAGAAUUUAGAGCCACCAAAGUACUUGACCCUCUUAUGGGAGUCCAGAAGGAUGAGUCAUGCCCUUUGCUUCUCUCCUAUAAGCGAGGCAUUCAUAACAGUCCUUUCAGAACACCACGGUGAAAUCUUCCAGUCUAUGGAUCAUUGGAUGUGUUGUCUUAAGGAAUCACAGCCUUUGUUAGUAGGGUUUCAGAAUAUUCUCUCAUUGUUACUACCGCUCUAUUGCAAGGAAUCUAUCCAUGAAAUUACCCUGGAACCAUAUAUUGGAGGUGAUCAAGUUGAGGAGGCAGCCAUUGGACUUAUUUCAAGUGUCCCUCCGUCAACUCGUGCUGUGUACUUAGCUGGAUUUCUUUAUUAUGAUCUAUCUCAAAGAAUGAUCUUGAGUGGUCGCUUACAUGAGGCCCUUUUAUUUGCUAAAGAGUCGCAUGAAUUACGCACUAGACUUUUCCAAGAAAAAUUCACUUACUCUGUCGAGCAGACUCAAAAGCAUGGUGAAUCUGGAGAGUUCGCUCAGAAGUACAAUUAUUCUAUAAGGAAUCUCCAUGUCUCAAAAACUGAGGCUGCUGAAGUAUGGUCGUUUGAUUCAAACUCAUUCAAUGUGGAAAGCUGUUAUCUCAGUCCCUGGAAUAUAAUGCAAGGUUACCUAGAGAGCACCUUACAGGUGGGCACCAUCCUUGAACUCAUUGGAAAUGGAACUGAAGCGGAAACCUUUUUGCUCUGGGGGAAAAAUAUCUCUUGCUCACAAGACUUGCCACAGUUUAAUGUUGCGUUUUCCUCUGUCUUAGGAAAGAUUUAUUGUCAAAAACAAUGCUGGGAUAUGGCCUGUAAAGAACUUGAAACUGCGAGACAAUUUUUGAUGGACUGUGGAACAACCUUUUCUUGCUCUAAAUGUAGAUUGUUGCUUGAAGCUAAUGUGGAGUUACAACUUGGAGAUUUGGUUAGAGCUCAGUCUGAUGACAGCAUCUCUGUUUCGGCAGACAAACUAUCUCAUGCAGAAGAACUCUAUCAGUCGGCACUAGACAGACUAUCUCUUCUUGGAUUGAGAAUUCCUGCAAGUUCUCUUAAGCAAGGAAAUAGCAAUAGCCUAAUGGUCCAAAGAUCUAUUGACAAGAUUGAUGAUAGUAGGACAACUAAUGCGUCUCUCAACUCUUCACCUAAUCAGCAGAAUGGAAGAUGUGUUUCCAUGAAGGGAAGACUUGCUGGUAAGGUGGAAAAUAAGAAGGGUAGAAAGGCAAAGACUCUGCCUAAAUCAACAGUAAAGGAACAGCCUGUAACUUAUGAUGGCAAUAAGAGGUUAACUCGUUCGAGAUACAGAUGUUUAAGUCAGGGCCUACCAAGUGAUGUACAAGUACACCCGACAACUUUUUCAGAAGGCAGCGAUUUAUCUGGUUGCAAUGACAAUUCAGAUAAGACACAGUGGUUUUUGCAUAGUGAAAGCUUAACCCAGGAUUCUGGCACUGAGGCUUUGUGCAUUUGCAGCAAAUGGAAGUGUUGGAAUUGCAUACAUGUUGAGAAUAUAAAAUCUGGGUCCAUGAACAGUUUUUUACAUAUGAGAUUGGAGUUUUUCUCCAGGCGGCUUUCAUCACGGCUUUUCACUGGAAUUGGAAAAUGCCGAGGGACACAUGGUCAAAUUCAUAAAACACACGAGAUAUUGUUGCAGAGCAUAUCUAAUGUAGUUAGUGGGCACUUAUCAAGUCAAUGCAGUGUUCCGGUUCCUCUGCUGCUGGAUUUAGUUGGGAAGGAGACUGAAGGAGAUGGUCUUCGAAUUGAACGCGCUGCUGUACUUUACAACAUUAGUUGGUUUUCUUUGAAGAGUUACCAUACACAGAGUACAAGGGUAAUCUGCUGUGAAUUAUCUCACAUUCAACUUCCUCAAAUAGCGUCUUGGUUGAAGCUUGCCUUUGUACUCUGCCAUGAGGUUCCAACACUGAUGCAAAAGGUUUCUAAGUUGCUUGCUCUUACGUACAUACUCUCUGCCACAAGUGAGACACAUUCAUCUUCUGAUGGGCUUUCGGAAAACCAUUGGGCUUCAUUUUUUCAUCAAGCUUCUCUAGGUGCUCCUGUUAACCACCUGUUCACCUAUAACACAUUUCAGAAAUGUAAAGCUCGUACCAUGUUGGAUGCCGAGGGCCAGGGACUGAUUGCUACUCGCACAACUUCUAUCAUGGAAGAAAUCAGGAAGAAAGAUCCAUGCAAAUAUCUCAGGCUUGCCCCAGACUCUGUUCAAAAUCUUGAAGAUCUUGUUAGAAGAUUCUUUGGGUGUCUUCCUUGUGCCACAGUGCUCUGUAUAAGUGUUGUUGAUGGUUCUGAUGCUAAGUUGUUGCAAGAGCUAUUGCUUUAUCCUUCUCAUAUCCGUGCAUGGAUGAUUUUAUCUCGCUUGAACCACAGUUCGCAACCUGUUGUUGUACUUAUGCCCUUGGAUCCAAUAUUGGAAGAUGAUUUCGAUGAAGUUUCAAAUUCAGAAGAUGAAUCUUCUUCUAGCAACAAGUCGCGGGAUAAACAUUGGCAUUGUCCCUGGGGUUCCAGUGUGGUCGACAAUGUAGUUCCAACAUUUAAGGAGAUAUUGGAGGAAAAUUACUUGUCAUGUUCUCUCCAUGCUUUGGAAGAUACAAAAGAAAAUAGGCUGUUAUGGUGGACUAAGAGAAAGAAUCUUGAUCUCCGCCUGGGUAAAUUGCUGGGGAAAUUAGAAGAAUCAUGGUUGGGACCUUGGAGAUGCCUGCUUCUUGGAGGAUCGUUGAAUUGCACACGUAUGGAGACUGUGCUAAAGAAACUGGUUCAUGACCUGAAACAUAAGUGCAAAAUCAACAUUGAUGCAGGUUUGCUUGAGGUUAUACUUGGUGGGUUAAAAUUGGGCAGUAAAACGGAAGCUUUAAUACCACUCUUACAGUCAAACAGAAAUUGCUAUGUUGGUAGCAUAAAUCAAUAUGUCGAAGAAAGGGGCAGCAUUCCAUCGUUUGCAUGUGAAGGAGCUGGUGAAUUGACUGAGCUGGCCUUUCAAUUGAUUCAUGAAGCAAUAAAGGACCUUGAAGAGGAAGUUCAUAUGUAUACAGAGCCAAUUAUUUUAGUGCUAGAUAGCGAGGUGCAGAUGCUCCCAUGGGAGAACUUACCGGCUUUAAGAAACCAGGAGGUUUAUCGUAUGCCUUCAGUUGGCAGCUUUUUCCUCGCACUGGAUAGGAGCUCUCAGCUUGAGGAGCAAGUUGGACCUCCUGUUGCUUCUUUUCCGUUUAUAGAUCCAUUGGAUGCAUACUACCUGUUGAAUCCCAGUGGCGAUCUCAACAGCACGCAAGUUGAAUUUGAGAACUGGUUUAGAGAUCAAAAGCUGAAGGGUAAUGCCGGUUUUGCACCUGUGCCGAAAGAAUUGGCCCUUGCCUUGACAAGCCAUGACCUCUUCAUUUAUUUUGGCCAUGGGAGUGGAUCGCAAUAUAUUCCACGUCACGAGAUUCAGAAGCUGGACACUUGUGCUGCUACUCUUCUAAUGGGGUGUAGCAGCGGUUCUCUACUUCUUAAUGGGGCGUAUGUUCCCGAAGGUACGUCAUUGUCCUACCUCUUAGCCGGUUCUCCUGUCAUUGUUGCCAAUCUAUGGGAAGUGACUGACAAGGAUAUUGACCGGUUCGGCAAGGCCAUGCUGGAUGCAUGGUUGAAGGAAAGGUCAAAUUCCACUGGUUGCGCUCCCUGUAGUUCCUUAGCAAAUGAAUUCAAGGCAAUCAAUUUAAAGAACAAUGGAGGCAAUCCCAGAAAGAAACCAUCCAAAAAGAUAUCGCCGGAACUUUCCAAUACUAGGAUAUGCUCAGAUACUUGUCACCAUAGACCGAUGAUUGGAUCGUUCAUGGGUCAGGCUCGUGAAGCUUGCACUCUGCCGUUCUUGAUCGGGGCAUCACCAGUAUGUUAUGGUGUUCCCACAGGAAUAAAGAGAAAAAUGGAUGUAUAAUGUUGUAGAUAUUCUUACCAUGUCCUCGAGCUUUCAUUUUUCUGAGGAAAAUUCUAGGCCUAGAUCACCCUUCGCAGCAAUGCAAUACAAGUAUUCCGUAUGCAGUAAGAACAAAUGUUAGUCCCCCCAUGAAGAUAUUAUGAUAGUUUCCAAGUCCAAGAUAGUAUUUCCGUACUUAAUCUCACAUUGACGUAUCGAAUCUCUCCUCGCUUCUAACGGCAGCUUCAGUUUAAGCUAUUUCGACAUGUUGUUUUCUGAGGGUAGAGUUUUUUCCUUCUGCUGGUCUGUAGAGAGCAGCUCAAUUGAGUGGUUUUCCCAGACCGUAUGUGUUGUAAAUGCGAUGAGUGUAAUUGUGGGGUUUUUUUUUUUUUUAUGCCGAAUGGGUUGUAAAUACGAUGAAGUGUAUGCUUUCUUACACCCCUCCAUGAUAGCAUGUGG